CUCCGUCGCAUGCUACAAUAAAUGUCAAAAUUUCUGUCCAAUUUUAUUCAAAAAACAUCUGGAUUUCUGAAGGCGACCAACCUCACAGUUAACACAAUGUUUAAAAGAAAUGGUUUUCACAAAACUCCAAAGUUUCGACCUGAGAUGAAAGUGCUCAAUAGCCGUUCCAAGCAGUCUGUAACUUUAUCCAUGAAGAAGGAGAAAGUGACUGUUUUACCUGAACCAAUCAAAUCAGAAUCUGAUAAAAAAAUAUACAAGACAAUAAGAUUAGAGAAUGGAUUGACUGCCCUCCUUAUAUCAGAUCCCAGUCGUCCCGUUAAUAAUGAUGAAUCGAGUUCUAGUGAGGAAGAAAGUAGUGGUACUGACGAGUCUACUGGACCAGAGAGUGACAGUGGAAAGUCUGUCCAAUCGGCAACAAGUGAUCAACAUGGCUCAAAACGAAAAGGAGAAUUUGAUGAAGAAAAGUUGGCUGCGGUCGCCUUGUGCGUGGGCGUCGGCAGCUACAGCGACCCCCAAGACAUACAGGGAUUGGCGCAUUUCGUCGAGCAUAUGGUCUUCAUGGGCAGUGAAAAAUAUCCCAAAGAAAACGAGUUUGAUGCUUUUAUCAAGAAAAAAGGCGGUUCGGACAAUGCGUCGACGGACUGCGAGAUGACCACGUUCUACUUCGAGAUUCAGGAGAAGCACCUCCCGCAGGCGAUGGACAUGUUCAGCCAGUUCUUCGUCAGCCCGCUCAUGCUUAAGGAAGCGAUGCAACGCGAAAGAGAAGCUAUCGAAUCUGAGUUCGCAAUAGCGUCCCCUUCGGACUCAAAUCGCAAAGACCAGCUGCUCUCGAGCCUAUUCCCCAAAGAUCAUCCGGCGAGGAUAUUCACGUGGGGCAACUUGCGGAGCCUUCGAGACGAUAUAGACGAUGAUGAGAAGUUGUAUAAAGCUGCGCACGAGUUCAGGAAGCGGCAUUAUAGCGCUAAUAGGAUGACUGUCGCUGUACAGGCUCGUAUGGAUCUGGAAGCAUUAGAGCAGUACGUAGUGAGCACUUUUGGCCGCGUGCCUACAAACAAACUACCCCCUGAAGACUUCUCCCAGUUCGCAUUUACUCCAGACUCUGUUACGCCCGAAUUCCGCAGCAUGUUCUACGUCAAGCCGGUCAGCGAUACCACCGAGGUACAUUUGACGUGGUGUAUGCGUUCGUUAAUAUCCGAGUACCAGUCUAAGCCACACCAGUAUAUAUCGUACCUUCUAGGCCACGAGGGCAAAGGUAGCCUCCUGUCCUACCUGAGGAAAAAGGUGUGGGCACUUGGUAUUUACACGGGUAAUUCUGAAAGCGGCAUCGAUUACACCUCAAUGUACAGUCUCUUCUCUACGCAAGUAGUGCUCACUAAGAACGGGUUAGAUCACAUAGACGAGGUUUUAGAAGCUAUCUUUUCUUAUAUAAAUAUGCUGAGGAAACUGGGGCCCUCCGAGAGAAUAUACAAUGAAAUAAAGGCGAUCGAAGAGACCAGUUUCCGGUUCGAAGAAGAGUCUCAACCCGCCGAUCAUGUGGAAUCUCUCGCUGAAAAUAUGCACUUCUACCCGCCAGAACACUAUAUUACUGGGGAUAAACUUUACUAUAAAUAUGACCCUAAGGGCAUAACUGAACUUCUGGAUUGUAUGCGAGCGGACACAGUGAACAUAAUGGUUUUAUCAAACAAACACUCCACGCCGAUACAAUACGACGCCAAAGAGAAGUGGUUCGGCACCGAAUAUAAACGGCAAGAAAUCCCUCCACAAUGGCUAGACCGGUGGUUGACCGUCGAACCAUACUCUAACUACCACCUACCCGAUAAGAACGUGUACAUAACCACGGAUUUCUCUCUCAUACCACCGGCGGAACCUUAUCUACGAGUGGCUCACGACUUGGGAAUAGACUUAGCUACGAGUUCUGUAAAAGAUAUUAGUAAGAAGACUAUCAACAGCCCACCUAACACGCAAGUGUUGAAGCAAGCCGACUUGGUGGCGACUGUGAAUAACUUCAGAUUGGACCAACCAAACCUCCUACGUAAAAACCGUCACAUGGAGUUGUGGUACAAGCCCGACUUCAAGUUCCGGUUCCCCACCGCUCUGCUGUACUUCUACUUCAUAUCACCGCUCAGUAUUAAAUCACCACGAGAAGCUUGCCUGAUGGAUCUCUGGACUGAUGUAUUACAACAAGGCUUAAAGGAAGAAGUGUAUCCUGCAAACAUGGCGGACUUGUCGCACUCUCUGUUCAUGUCCGACAAGGGGUUCACGCUCAAAGUCAACGGGUACAGUCAAAACUUACAUUUACUUGUUGAGCUGAUAACUCGAGAAAUGCGAGGGGCGGCGGGCAACUUGUCCUCAGAAAUGUUUGAAGCGGUGAGAGACGUGCGAGCGCGCUCCUACCACAACGUGCUCAUACGACCGCAUAAACUGUCCAAGGACGUCCGCAUGAACCUCUUGAUAGAACCAUACAUAUCGCCGCGUAAAAAAGCGGAAUUGGUCCACAACAUCACACUUGCCGAUCUGACGGAUUUCAGUGAUCGGAUGCUGGACCAUGUCUACCUGCAGGUUCUAAUGCAAGGCAACAUUCCGUGGUACGAAGCUAUACGCAUAGCCGAAAACGUCCAGAACAAUUUGAGGUUUGAGGGACCCUCACCAGACGAAUUACCAAAGUUUGAAGUCCAUGAAUUGCCCAUUGGCGAGCGCAAAGUCCGUGUGAUGAGCCUGAACCCUCAUUCUACUAACAGCAUAGUCACCAACUAUUAUCAAGGCGAGGCUACUACGCCUAAAGACACCGCUACUUUGGAAGUCCUUAUGAUGUUAAUGGAGGAGCCUGUGUUCGAUAUGCUGCGCACCAAAGAACAAUUAGGCUACAGCGUCUUUAGUAUGAUGCGAUACACUUUUGGAGUGCUCGGCUUUUCCAUCACCGUCAAUACGCAGGUUGAUAAGUUCAGCGUUUCGCACGUAGACAGUCGCGUAGAAGCUUUCCUAAAGAAGUUUGCCCGAGACGUUCGCAAACUGAACGAGCGAACUCUGCACGCGACUCGUACUGCGCUCGUACAGCUCAAACACACCACUGACUACGAGCUAAAGGAAGAGGUUGAAAGAAACUGGCGCGAAAUCACCACAAUGGACUACCAAUUCCAAAGGUUGUUUAUGGAGGCUGACGCGAUAGAAAAGAUCACACUAAAGGAUAUAAGAAGUUGGGUAGAAAAUCACUUCUCUUCUGGAAACAGGUCGCAGUUCAGGAAGCUCUCCGUACAGAUUAUGGGCCACAAAGCAAACAAAGACAAAGACGACAACACAACAAUUCCAGAGACAGACGUCAAAAAUUACAAACUGACGUAUUUGAACGCCAACGAGCCCGUCGGCGACACUACAGAGAACAACGCAGAUUUCAUACAUGACAUCGAUGAAUUUAAAAACGAACUGCCCAUCAUAUCCGUACCUAAAAUGGAGCUUACUCAGUGCUAAUAGAGCCCAUUUUACUGAGACAUGUUGUAAAUAAUGGUGAAAAUUGUAUAAGUAAUUUAUUAUUUGAAUCGUAGGAGCGUUAUCAUUACAAAGCGAUUUUGCAGCAACACCGUUAGUGAGUAUGUGUCGUCAAAAAUCUGCUAUAGAAUAUUUUUCUACAGUAGCUUCCAUUGAUAGAAUUAAUAUUAAUAAAUUUGUACUCCAAGUUUUGCUUAAUUAUCUAAAAAUCUUUAUCUGCCUUCCAACAUAAAUGGGGUUACAUAAGCCUCAGUCUAAAAUCACUAAAGCAAAAAAAAGUAUUAAGUUUAAAACUGAUUUAGUUGCAUUUCUUCUAUCAUAAGCAGAGAAAAACAUCUUAGCUCUUUCAUCGGAAAUUUUGACCGCGAAAGCAGUGAAAUACCUUCCUCAAAAUCGCUUAUAUGAUAACACUCUUACAGCAACAGUAAAUUAAUUUUUAUAAAGCAUAUUUCAGUAAGGAGAG